AUGAAGGCUAUCUUAGGCAAUGACCCGUUCAACUACGAGGACAAGUACCCCGAAGAUAAUAUCUACGAAGAGACAGCCCCGAAUGCGAGAGUAUGGAGAACAUACGUGGACGAGAGUACGAAUUACGACGCCAGGAUGGUCGGGGAAUCGAGGGAUAGUGUCGGUGUGCUUCUUACGUUUCAGGCUGGUCUUUUCUCAGCGGUGGUGACAACCUUCGUAUCACAAACAUCACAGAGCUUACAGGCGGAUUAUACUCAGGUGUCGGCAGCCCUGCUCUUUGAAAUGGUCCUCAUUCAGCGCGCCGUUGCGAACGGUUCAUCUCUUGACAACGUUCCAGUGUCUUCUCUCAAUCCGUAUACCGCGUUCACUCCUGCAACUACGGACGUCUGGGUGAACGGGCUAUGGUUCACGAGCCUCUCCCUUAGUCUAGCAACUGCCCUAGUCGCCGUGCUCGUGAAACAGUGGCUCCAUCAAUUCCUCGCGCUUCCUUCAGGGACGCCUCGGGAGCGAAGUCAUGUUCGGCAAUAUCGAUACGGAGGAUUCCAGAGGUGGCAUGUUCUCGUCAUCAUUGGUCUUCUUCCCGUCCUCAUGCACCUCGCACUUGGGAUCUUUUUUGUCGGAUUGGUCAUAUUCCUU